CUUCUGCGCGUGUGUAAUACGCGCCGGGGGUGGUUAGUCGAUGGUUCGGUAUACGAACGUGAAAAAUUGCAAUUUCAACAAAGAUUCCUUUAAUGUCGUUUGUGUGAUUUGUACCUGAAGAGGCGAUAUCGCGUGUACUUUUUUCUAAUUAAUAGUUUUUUGGGAAACGACGUUUAGAUAAGCAGCAAGUGUAAGAAAACCAACGAUAGAACUGUAGCGUACAGUACGCACGCGGUGUCUAAAAAUGGCGAAGGUGUUUCGCGCGGUGACAGUAUCGACUUUGUCAAACAAUGGACAGUCAACAGCGAAAUAUAAUAAGCCGGUCACACUCCAUAUUAACUAUGAUCCGCAAGGUCUCAGUGUUGAGUUUCUUGCAGGAGAUUCAGUGGGUAGGGAUAAAACAACAUUAUUGGAAUUUCCAGUAACUCCUAGUACAGAAUGCUCAAGAGUAUCGUCUAAAAGUUAUGUAUUCACGCUUGAUACAGAUAGUUUACUCAUAACAUUUGCUAAUGAAACAGAUUUUCGAACUUUUCAUUCACAAAUACUAAAACUUAAAAAUGGCAAAGGAGUAUCUGCAUUUAAUGAAAGAACUGAAGAAUCUUCUGCCAUGCAAUAUUUUCAGUUCUAUGGUUAUCUCUCACAGCAACAAAAUAUGAUGCAAGACUAUAUUAGAACCAGCACAUACCAGCGAGCAAUUUUGGGAAAUUUGUCUGAUUUUAAAGAUAAAGUUGUUCUAGAUGUGGGUGCUGGUUCUGGGAUAUUAUCAUUUUUUGCAGUUCAAGCAGGUGCAAAAAAAGUAUAUGCUGUAGAAGCAAGUAACAUGGCAAAUCAUGCAGAAUUAUUAGUUGCUGCCAAUAAUUUAUCGGAUAAGAUCAUUGUCAUAGCUGGUAAAAUAGAAGAAAUUGAUUUACCUGAAAGAGUGGACUGCAUAGUAAGUGAACCUAUGGGUUAUAUGUUGUAUAAUGAAAGAAUGCUUGAAACUUAUCUCCAUGCAAAAAAGUGGUUAGUCCCAGGUGGUAGAAUGUUUCCUUCUCGAGGUGAUCUUCACAUUGCACCAUUUUCUGAUGAAAAUCUUUAUAUGGAGCAGUUUAAUAAAGCUAAUUUUUGGUAUCAAACAUGUUUUCACGGCGUAGAUCUCUCGGCAAUGAGAAAUAACGCGAUCAAAGAAUACUUCAGACAACCAAUUGUUGAUACCUUUGAUAUAAGAAUUUGUAUGGCUAAAUCUAUCAGACAUAUAGUAGAUUUUCAAACUGCUAAUGAGACUGAUUUACAUAAAAUAGAAAUUGAUGUCGAUUUUCACAUAUUGGAAAGUGCGACUUGCCAUGGGCUUGCAUUUUGGUUUGACGUUGCAUUUAUCGGAUCCACGCAACAGGUUUGGUUAAGUACAGCUCCCACGGAACCGCUUACUCAUUGGUAUCAAGUCCGUUGUCUUUUGGAAAAUCCUUUGUUUUGUAAAAGCGGUCAGUUAUUGUCUGGAAAAGUCAUUCUUGUUGCAAAUAAAAGACAAUCGUACGACGUGACAAUAGAACUGAAGUUAGAAGGAACAAAUAUGGAAAGUAGUAGUAACACUUUGGAUUUGAAAAAUCCGUACUUCAGAUAUACCGGUGCAGCGGCACAGCCUCCUCCUGGUUUAAAUAACACCUCGCCUAGUGAAUCUUACUGGACAACUUUAGAUGCGCAAGGUGCCAGACAAGCAGUAAACAUGGUCAAUGGAAUGUCAGUGAAUGGUUUGGGAGAAGUUUCUAUGGAUGCAACAGCAGCUGUAAAUCCUAGCAAUUUACUUGCCAUUGGAGGUCAACCAAAUAUACACCCUGGUUCAAUCUCGAGCACAGGACGAGGACGAGUCGGGGGUACAGCGACAAGUACGCAAGCGGCACAACUAAUAGGUGGUGGAAUUACUCCAAACAUGUUCACAUCUCCUGCUACGCUUGGUGUUACUUUCCAGCAAUCGCUGGUCCUUGGCAAUACCUCACAUUAUCCAGUGAAUCCCAGCUUGAUGAUCGGGGAUUACGUGACACCUGGUAACGGCAUAUCGUCUCAAACGUAUCGACAAUGAUCAAUGGCGAAAUCAUUUUGCACCGAGUAUUCCCAUACGGCAAAACAGUUAAAUGAUCGUCAUAGCACUAGCAGUAGCGGGGACACCAGCAACAAUAAUAAGCAAACCCGCAAGUUGGUGUUUAGUUCUCCAGCAAGCAAAUUACGACUCUCGACUGCCGUUCGAAUUUUGAACGCGGUCAACCUGGCCAAUCUUAAUUCGAAUAUUGGCUACGUAAAUAACAACAACCACAACCUUGCUUACUUUAACAAAGUUAUUAUUGGUUCUGGAUUCGGAUUUGGAUGGAGUACGAGAAGAAAUAAGUCACAAUGGGAAGCACGUUGGAGGAGAGUGCGAACCGUCCUCUCGUAGUUGUCAUUAAUUCUUAUCUACGUUUAUUUAAUUAUCCCUCGAAGAGUUGAUCUUCCAGAUCGAAAUGCAUGCUUGCCAAAUGUACCCGGGAAAAUCAUAUUUUUUAACGACAAUACAAGUUUACUAUGCGUAAAUGUUCCAUGCGACACUAUUGUACGGGGUCCUGAUAUCAUUUUGUACAUCAAGAACGAAUAGCAAGAGCAACAGUAGUAACAUCGCAAUUUUUCCCUUAUCGUUUCAUGUGCUUUUAAGGUUUUAUUAUUGGUGAUUAUGCGUCUACUAAGCUUUACAUUGUACACAGGCUUGGUUAAGUUUUCGACUUUAAGUGAUUUUUACAUGACUAGGGUAUAGUGUAUAACGUUCCGAAUAUUUCGAAAAGUGCAAAAAGCAAUAAUUCAUUAGGGAUACGAUAUGGAGCACUCUGUGGCAUUGCCUGUUAUUUAUCUGCCCUUUUUUUAGCGUGAUUACAUUUAACAUAUUUCUUUUUAUUUUUUAUUCAAGAUACGAUAGAUCCUUUCAUGAAAAUUCCGCAUAGUAUGUUCAACUUUAAUCUCAAUUAACUUUUGUAUCGUUGUCUCCGUUUUUAAUUAAUAAUAUUCUCAAUUAUUAUUUAUGAUCCAUAAGAAAAAGAAUUGUAUAUAAUAACUACGUAAAUUGACCAAUCCAAUGAUAUAAUUUAUGAUAAAAAUAAAAAAAAUUAUAUUCCAAUAAAACAAUGGUAACUUAAGUUGCGGUUCAUAUUUAGACGAUUUAUUAUUGUAUUAUUGCAAUGUACAGAUAUUAGAAGUAGCAUGUACAGGCACAAUUUCAAAUUUGUGACAUUGUAUUACAUAUCGGCCUUCGGUCAAUAGGAUUAAUUCUAUACUUUUAAUGUACUUCUAUUAUAGUAGAAUUAUUCUACCGCCUAUGUACGUCUCUUAAUCAUUAGUCAUUUCAUUGAGUAACCAAAUUUUCCUGUCAACGAUCAAUUGGAUUUUAUUCCUUCUGUAAAAUAUUAUCAUUCAUAAUACUUCAAUAUUUAUAAAUUUAUGAAAUAAGAUAUGCAUAUAAAGAACUGAGAAUAUCAUAAGAUAAACGGGUUACAUUAACUUUGUUUUUUUUUUCAGUACAGUUAUGUUCCCUUUGUUCUUUUUUAUAAAAUAGAAAUUUUAGGGUUUACCAGGUUUAUUUCAAUAUCUGACCGUAUGAAAUUUAGUUACGCAAUGAAGUAGAAUUAAGAAACCAUUUUUUAUAGCUUUGAGAUAAUCACUUAUUUAAUUCUACCGAAUGACUAAGAAUGUAUUUCUCGAUAAAAAGUACAGGUAAUCUCCUGAUAAUGAAAUUUUCUCGUAACGUUUGUAUAAUUGUAAUAAGCAUGAGCCAAUAUUCAUUUUGAUGGUGUAUUUCUUUUAUAAUAUUUAAAUGAUAAUGAUACAAGCUUGCAAGGUCCAUAAAGAAUGUGACUUAAAACUUGCAGAACUUCAAAAAUUAUUUCCAGUUUCUUCUUUAUGAUGAUAAAGUUCAGCUUAUGAUUUUUUCUUUUUUAUACAUAUAUAUAGAAAAAUAAAACCUCUGAAACUGAUUAAAUUCCUUUUCAUAUCAUCCCUAUUUUAAAUAAUUUCUGCUCCCUGUUAUAUAGUUCUGUUUUAUAUAUAUAUUUUUUUUUAAUUAAUUCAAACCCCCCUAUUAUCGGCGGGUUACCUGUUACUCAAAUAAUUGUACAUAUAAUAUUCUUAAUUUUUUCAAGAUCUCGACAUAAUGUUUAAGUCUCAUUAGUUCCUAAGGAGUGCUCUUUAUUUGUUAUCUGCACAAAUUUGCUUCUCAUUUUAACAUGCUUUUACAUGAUCCACUCAUUUUAUAUACUUGGAGAAAAUUGCUUUUCGCUUAUGAAAUUAGAUACAGUUUUUAAGAGAAGCGAAUCAUUUGUUUUUUAUUAAAACAGCUUGUAAUAGUAUUAUCUAGGAAUCCAUAUUUAUUCCAUUAUUAUUGUAAACGGUUUCGCGAUUGAAUAUUUCCACAUAAUUUUCAGCAAACACCACUAAAAUUGUAAAUAAUUUGCUAAUAUUCUUUGAUGUUUGCUUAAGAACAUAUGUAUUUAGUAUUUGAAAUCUGACUGCAGGCAUUCCACAAGUGCUGAUAACAUUAUACAAUUCGUUAUUAUAUAACAAAUACAUGCUUCUUCCAGUCUCA